GUCAGUGAUUUCCUAACUCAUAUUAAACUUCCUCACUCUGUCUAGAAGACAAGUAGUAACAUUUCUAUAAUUGGAUGCUAUGAAUCACUUUCUUUUUCUAAGUGUGCUUUGAACCAGAUGAAUCUGGAAUGCUAAAAUUCUUAAGAAUUGUUUGCAUAACUAGUGACUAAAAAUUUGUUGUAACCUAUAAGUAAUAGAUCUCAACUAGUUUUAAGGCUUUAUUAUGGAUUAUGUUUCUCAUAGAUUGGUCAUUCAAGAAUUCUUAGAAGAAAUCAAUGUAACACAAGAGAGACGCCAAAGAUCACCAGUAUCAUGGAGCACAGGCUGCAAGUUUCUUAUGGCCAAAAAGUUUGAUUUGAAAAGAGCCAUAGAUUUGUUUAAUUCACAUGAGUCAACACGUCACAAAGAAGAUUUACAUACCAUUGAUCCAAACGACAGAUAUCUUCAGCGAGAGUUAGCCACUGAGAAAUUUACAAUAUUACCAGGUAGAGACAACACUGGAGCUGCUGUAGCUUUAUUUUCAGCCCGUUUGCACUACCCACCACAGACAACACACCAGGUUGUCCUUAAGUCAUUAAUAUACCAGCUGGACGCAGCUUUAGAAAGUGUGGAAACACAACGCAAUGGGUUAGUUUUUAUCUAUGAUAUGACAGAGUCUAAAUAUGCUAAUUUUGAUUAUGAUCUCAGCAUUAAAAUUCUAAAUUUGCUAAAAGGUGCUUAUCCAGCUAGAUUGAAGCGUGUCCUUAUUGUUACUGCACCCUUAUGGUUUAAGGCGCCAUUUAAAAUUUUACGUCUUUUUGUCCAAGAAAAAUUAAGGAAAAGGGUUUUUAUUAUCAGUGCAUCUGAAUUGAAUGUUUACAUCCCUAAAGAAACUCUUCCAAUCCAGCUAGGAGGAUCUCAGGAACCAUGCCACAAGGUCUGGCUGCAGAUGUGCUACCUCUGUUCCACUAACCAGCAACCUGACCUCAAUACCUACUUCACAUCCUGUGUCACAGGCUCGUACCUUUCUCAGCGGUCUAUCUCUCGGAGUUUAUCCAAUGACAAUGAUAACCACAUGAGUGACUUUGACUCUGAGAGCUCAAAAGAUACUGUUAAUGAAAAGCACACAAACGAAGACAGGGAGAAAGAAAAAGAAGAAGAGUUUGAUGCAAUGGAUCACAAAGCUUCAGAGGAAAACUUUCAAUCAAUCAUGAGUCAAGAGGAUAAAGAUAUUAAUAGAAAGCGAAAGACUUCAGAAUCCAGAAAACGCAGUUCUGAUCUGUCUGCUGUGAGCGAAUCAGCAACAGAUGGAAUGCCUUGCAAGAAACGACCACCCUCUUCAGGCUCCAAUAUUCUAGAUGACUCUAUACACAUGCCUGAUAGUCCUGGGACAGAUGUACAGCAACUUCUAUCAAAGAUCAACUCUUUGAAAAGAAAAGGACUUUUUGCAGAAUAUGCUUCUAUUAAGAUGGAACCACCUACAGGAACAUUCAACAAUUCUAAAAUCAAAGCCAAUGUGCCCAAGAACAGAUAUACAGAUGUACUCUGCUAUGAUCACAGCCGAGUUGUCUUGCCCGUCUGCGAAGAUGACCCUUCGUCUGACUACAUCAAUGCAAACUAUGUUGAUGGCUAUAUGCAGAAAAAUGCUUUCAUCUCAACUCAAGGUCCACUCCCUAAAACAUUUGUAGAUUUCUGGAGAAUGGUAUGGCACAAUCAGUGUAGGAUUAUUGUCAUGACAACAAGAACUGUAGAAAGGUCUAGAAUGAAGUGUGGCCAGUACUGGCCAAGUGAAGAGGAUACAGAUGAACAGUUUGAAGAGUUCAUAGUCUAUAACCAAGGUGUCACAGAGAAUGAUGAUUUCACUGAAAGUGUACUGGUGCUGCAUAAUAUCAAUACAGGAGAAUCUUUCCAGGUGUUGCAUCUGCAGUUCACCAGCUGGCCAGACUAUGGAGUACCACCUGCAGCUCCAUUUUUAGACUUUCUAUUCAGAGUACGCAGUGCCCAAGAGACAGCCACCAAAGAAAUGGGCUCUGCUUGGACAGGUCAUCCCCUUGGGCCCCCAAUAGUGGUACACUGUAGUGCAGGGAUCGGCCGCACAGGUACGUUUAUCACUGUGGAUAUUUGUUUGCGCCGUCUUGAGCAUGUAGGCACUGUAGACGUAAAAGAGACAGUCAGGAGGAUUCGGUCCCAAAGAGCUUUCUCCAUACAGAUGCCAGACCAGUAUGUGUUCUGUCACCAAGUUAUAAUUGAACACGCCCAGCGUCAAGGUCUCAUCAACAGCCUGGAAUCGAUUUCCCUGGAUGGAAGUGAUAGCGAUAGUGAUUAGAUAAAUCAUUAGUAGGCCUACUUUCAUAGAGGAAGAUUACAUCUGCAAGAAGUGAAGCCACACUUGGAGUAACCUUGUAGCCUUCAGAUAUAUAUAAAUAUAUAGUGAAAAAAAAAGUUAAAGCUCUAAAUUGAUCUAUCAUAAACUUUCUAAUGAUAUCUGAAACACUAGGUUCUACUUGUAAUAUUUCUUUCCUGGUUUUAACUUUAACUUUAGUUAUAUCUUUGUUUGGUUUAUUAGAUUUGAUAUAAAGCUCAUGGAUUUGAGAAAACUCACAUUAUUUUCUUCUUCUUUCUUUAUAGGUUUUGUUCCUUUAAAUGUUUAGUUUUUGUUUUUUUGAGGAACAUCACCUUUCAGUUCUGUUAGUGAUUAUACCAUGUAGAUUUGUAAUAAUGUGCAAUAAACCACACAGACGUUACAAUGUGCUAGUCUUGUUCUGUUCUUGUCUUGGUGAGUUCCUUUGUUCCUGCAUGUAAAUAGUUUCAUUUCAUUAUGUCCUGUUUUAUUUGUUGAUGUUCACCUUAGUUCCACAGAAAACAAAAACACACCAUGUAGAACUUUCAGUCUUCAUUUGCUGUUUUUAUGUCUUGACCAAGGUUUCCUUAAUACCCUUUGAGAAGAAAAUGUUUUGAUUAAGUGUCUGACAAACUUUGAAACAUACUAGAGCUUUGUCUUUGUGAUUCUUCUUAAAUAGCCUGAUUGUAAGAGACACAUGCAUUCUUUAUCUGUCUGCUUUCUCAGGAUUUGAUGUCUUUCGCUGAGUUAUGAAUUAUUAGGUCACUUGCAUGCUUGACAAUAAAAGCAUGUGAAAAAAUCAAGAUUGAAAGCAUGCCAUGUCUUCACAAAUAUGUGUCCAUCUGGUUUCAAAAUUAAUUUUUGUUUAUCAUUGACUUGUUUUAAAUAUUUUUUGAGUAGAUGACUUUUAAAAAAAAAAAAUUGUAUAUUACAAAUUCUAGUAAUUGUUUAAAUAUAAUCAAGUGUUCCAUAUACUUUCUAAUAGAAAGAAAUAUUUGUUAUUUUUGUUAAUUUUUUUUCAGAAUCUUCUAUUGAAAAAGAUAACAUCAAAUAGUCUUAUUUCUACACUAGUAAAUUGAUGUAUUUUUGUGUGCUGGUUUUGUACAAAAAUGCUUACAAAUGUUUUGAUAACACAUUUGAAUGUUUACCAUAACAUAUAAAAUAAAACAACACCAAACAAGACUAUUUGUGAACUACUUUCAUUUUUUUUUUUUUCAUUUUUUUGUCAGCAACCUCUAUUGUCAUCUGUUCUGUUAUUUCAUCUGUAUAAAUAUGUUGUACAGAAAUCCCUCAUUAAUACCUCCCCUACAUAGUUAAAAGUGUGUCAUCAAUAUAAAAUUCAAUACAUCAAAUCUAAAUUUUGUAUAACCUUAUUUAUUUUAUUUAUUUAUAUUAUUGACCAUUUUCUUUUCUGCAUUCAGUUUUUUAUUGUUGAUAUUGUUUAUUUUCUGUUUGUUAUAUAUAUGUAUAUAUUUAUAAAGGAAAUUGUUACAAUGUUCUAUUUCUAAAUUUGUAUUUAAAAUGUUCAAUGGAUUUUCAUUUUUGUAAAACUGUAUCAGCUCUCUCAAGGCUAACUGUCUAAUCUAUCAUCAUAAAUCACAAUAGAUCUCGUCUCUGUUCUAUAGGGGCGUAACCUUUCUUCACAUGAUCUGAGGCUCUUUAUAGAGCACAAUUCUAGUUAGUUGAAUGUUGAAUUCUGGUGACCACAAAAUUUUGUUUAUUUAAAAAAAAAAAAAAAAAAAAAGCACCACACUUCCAUCUGAAGUGAUUUAAUGUGGUAACAUCAGAGGGGAUAACUCAUGUAAUAUUAAUUUGAGCUUUUCUUUUUCUGGACUUCACAAAAAAAUAUUCACUUUGUAUUUUUAGAUCAUAAUAAUUUUCAUAUAUUUAUAUUAUUACACUGAUACACUGUAGUGAUAACCCAAACCUUACACCUGAUCAACUAUUGACUUGUAAGUUUUCUCUGAACAAGUUUUCAAAUCCCUAACUUUAGGUAAAUGUCUCUUAGAGUUUCAAAUGAGGCCAUAAGUUUUUCUACCCCAAUGAAGAAAGUUUUCUUUUCAGUGCUGCUAGACAUGAAGGAAUCUCCUAGAAAAAUAGUUGUCAAAAUGCUUCAUGGAAUUUUGUUCUCAAGCCUAAAUCACACUGGAUGCCAUUUAACUUUGUCUUCAUUAUUAACAGUUUCUAAGACUUCGCUUUGACAAGUUAAUAAAGAAAGAAACUUUGUAACCUGCAAUUUUAUCUCAUUUUUUAUCAGAUACAGAAUCUUUUCCCAAUUUGAAAAGUCUGAUUUUUGCCUAUUAAAUAUCACUUCAUUCACUGGAACACUUGAAAUAAAAAAAAAAAAAACAUUGAAAGUAGACAUGGCUAGAGUAAUAAAAACAUUUUCUCCACAAAUUGAAGCAAGUCAAUGUCAGGCUACAGGCACUGACAAGCGUUGUAAAGUAGACCCUUGGGGUGUCUUGAUUUCUAUUGCUAUGGGUUAUAAAACAGAGGGCAAAGUUAUUGUUGUCUUCUGAUGUUUUUUCAUUUUUCAAAAUUUUGUUUUGUUGAUAGUUCAAAAAUGUUGCAGUAAAGUUGGACUGUAACCUGAUAUAUGGAGACAAGCCAGCCUUGAUAAUUUUCUUGUGUCUACUGAGAAUGGAACUAAAUCACCCCCAACUUACAAUGUGGGCUACAAAUUGUAUUCUUGUGACUGUAUUAUUUAUUUUCAACAAAUGGCAAAACGUUAUUGUUUUUUCCACUUGUUUCCACACAAUAUAUUCAUCUAAGUAAAGACUUAAAGACUUUUGUACUGUUUGUACACAUAGCCACUAGCUGCUUGUCUUUAGUUACUUUUCUAGCAAAACUCUGGCAAUGCUGAUUGAAUUGUGGAUUGAGCACUGACUAGUGAACUUAGCUUCAAGUGUCGAGGCAAGUUGAGUUAAAGAGAAUGUGUGGUACGACUCUGAAUUGGUUGGAUGGAACUCAUUGUAGACUGUAGCUUAGCUAAAGAUGUAUUGUAUUAGUUUGUUGUUGUACAUAAAUGUGUUGAUCUAGCAUGUAAUGACUGAACUAUUUCUACGCUACCUUAUUGUGUUGUUAAGUUAGUGAUGACUUCUAAGAAACAAUAAAUGUCAGUUGUAUACACCUCA